AUGGUCGCUCCCGCCCUUGUACUAGGCCUGCGUGGCGUACAGGUCGUCUUCAGCAUCAUCGUCCUGGGUCUUACAGCCUACAUUGUCGAUGCCUACAUUGACUGGGUCCCGGCGAGCGUCGCCUUCAUGCUCUUCACCUCCAUCUGGACCCUCCUUGCUGUUGCAUACCUCGUCCUUGCGCCAGCUCGCUUCCCUGCUGCAGCUCACAAGUUUGCCAUCGGAGGUGUCGAGUUCCUGACCAUGAUAUUCUGGUUCGCGGCUUUUGUCGCCGUAGCCUCUCGGUGGGGCAACGCGUGGUGGGUCGGCCGUCACGGCACCUUCUACAGCUGCGGUGUUGCUGCUAUCGUUUUCUCAGCCUUCAACUGGCUUGCCUUCGUAGCUACCACUGUUCUUGCCGCGCUGCACAUCCGCAGCUCACCCAGGAAUGACACCGCUCCUGCGCCCAACAUGGCUGGCGUCUAA